UGUUGCAAUAUUUUUCUUUCCAUUUCUUCACCUGAAAGCUGCACCGCUAUCUUUUUCCAUUUUGCUGGAUUGUUUCGUUUCUGAGCUGUCCAGGAUGUACCCUGCCUCUCGCCCGUUGGACUCCUGGAGAUAGGCACCAGCUCUGCUCCUUUUUAAAUCCGUGCCCCAUGUGCCCAUGUUCCUCUGUUCUCGUUGGCUUUGUUUGGCAAGUUCCAGUACCAGUUCCAAUCCAGUUCCUGUGCUUCCUGUCUGAUCUCCUUGUGCAAGACUACUUUGUUGGUGCUUUAGCAAUGCUGUGGCAGACCACUAGGAGACUUCACUCACCCCCAGACUACAGGAACAGGGACUCAUGGAUACAUAGUCAACUCUGCAACUCUAUCAUAGGCACUUUGGAAAAUACCUCUCACUGUUAUUAAAGGCUUUGUUCAACAUUACAAUAAAUGUGUUAUUGUUUAACCAAUUUAAAGGUGAUCUCCGACUGAAUGAAAUAUAGAAUCUUAGGAGAAACUGCUGGCUUCCAUACAGAACUCACUAAAAGCAUCUUUCCUGAGGUCUCCUUGAAAACAUGCGAUUGCUCAGACAAAGAUGGCGGCAGCUGUUACUGAAGUUGAGCGUUGUGCUGGGAUCACUGUUGCUGCUGUUUCUGGUCCUGCAACGGGACAGCUCCUUGUCUGCUGAACAAAUCCACAGUCACAGCUGGUUGGAGUAUCAGGAUUAUGAAUUUGGCCCAGAGAGAGUUUGUAACUGCUCAGCAAUCCAACGGGGAGACUUGGAGGCACUGCAGCAAGCCAAAUUAUUAACCAUUACAAGAGACUUUCGAAAGAAUAUUCAGAUCCCUGACGAGUAUUACAUUAAUGAAACCGAGGACUGCAGGAAAUUCAAGUCAAAGAGGAAAUACGUAACAUUUUCUCUAAGCAAAGAAGAGGAGGAGUUUCCUCUGGCUUAUUCCAUGGUUGUGCAUCACAAGGUGCAGAACUUUGAACGACUGCUGCGAGCCAUUUAUGCGCCUCAGAACAUUUAUUGUGUUCAUGUGGAUGAAAAAGCCCAGCCCUCUGUAAAAGUUGCCAUUCGGAGCAUUGCUUCCUGUUUCCCCAAUGUCUUCAUGGUCAGUCGGGCUGUGAGUGUGGUCUAUGCUGGUUGGUCCCGUGUCCAAGCUGACCUUAACUGCAUGGCUGACCUCUAUAAUGCCAGUGCAGAGUGGAAGUACUUCAUCAACCUUUGUGGCCAAGACUUCCCUCUAAAAACUAACUUGGAAAUGGUAAGGAUGCUGCGCUCACUGAAAGGUGGCAACAGCCUGGAGUCAGAAAACAUGCCUGAAGGGAAGAAGUGGAGGAUAUCACAGAUUCACGAGAUUGUUGAUGGGACAAUAAAGUCAACGGGAAAGUCGAGGAGUCCACCUCCCUUCAACCUGCCCAUUAAGUCAGGGAACGCCUACAUCGUGGUAACUCGGGGCUACGUCCGCAGUGUUUUGGAAGACACCAGAAUACGAUCCCUUAUUGAGUGGUCCAAGGACACCUACAGUCCAGAUGAGUUCCUAUGGGCCACCAUUCAGCGUAUCCCUGGUGUCCCCGGCUCAACAAGGCCCCACACUAAGUACGACCAGACAGACAUUAAUGCCAUUGCACGGCUGGUGAAGUGGAUGUGGCAUGAGGGAUUGGAGGAUUCAGCAGUGUACCCCAAGUGUCAGGGCAACCACGUAAGGUCCAUAUGUGUGUAUGGAGCUGGGGACCUACCAUGGCUCCUGGAGAACCACCACCUCUUUGCCAACAAGUUUGACACUUAUACUGAUCCUAUUCCUGUCUUCUGCUUAGAGAAACAUCUCCGACAGAAAGCUCUGGCUGAGUCAGAGGGUAAAGAUUCUUUUUGUCUACAUAGAUGACAUCCUGCAGAAAUAGCUUUGCUGUGUCCACCUGUAAUUUUCUUCGCACCUGCAGACUUUCUUGGAAGGCCAACAUCAACGUCUCUGCCUGACUACAUUCAUCAUGCUUCAAAGAGUUUUAUCUAUGUACAUUGGUAAAGGUUUCCUUUACCAUUUUUCUUCAAGAUCAAGUUAGACUGAUGGGUUUUCCUUAUACUUGGGCAGAUUUGUGAAACAAUCCCCUCCACAACUGUCCAGAAAAAAAUAUCUGGUUAGAUAUUGGAUACUUUGCCAAAAAGGGAAACAAAUUAUUGGAGUUUUGGUUUAGUCCAGCCAGCUAGACUUUAGGCUUUGGCCUCCCUGGAAGAUUUAAACACAACAGAGAGUGAAUCAUUUCUAUGUCCCAUUUUAACUAUAGUCCUAAAUUUACAUGAAGUCAUUAAGAUAAAUGUGAAAAUCUCUUUAGUGGACUGAGGAAAUUAUCAGGUGGUGGAAGGAGCAUUUGAGGAGAUCACCAAUCUGGUCACCAUGUCCUCUGUGGAGCAGAAUAACCCUGAGGACUCAGGAGAAUACGAUUCAAUCACUGUGGCAGAGGUGCUCCCCGGUGCCAGAUGUGGAUGAGAUUAGGCCCGAGAUUCUGAAGGCUCUGGACAUUGUGAUGCUGUCAUAGUUGACAUCAUCAUAGUUGACAGCUUGAAUGUUGUGUAGGCCUGGCAUAACAGCAUUGGACCAUUCAUUCAUAACAUCUUAUCCUGUUGAUGUUGCCCAGAGUGGAUACUGAGUUGGGGAAACAAGGCAAGUUUAUUUCUAAAGCACUUUUCAUCAACAAGAUGAUUCAAAGUGUUGUACAUGAACAGAAAAGAAAACCUUACAGAGGGAAAUAUUACAUAGGAAAAGGAAAACAUUACAUUAAAAAAGGAAUAACUAAUUAAAUCCUCGACUAGACUUCUUUCAUACAAUGACAAACAUACAGAAAGCAUUACUUAAUUGUUUCUAUUCAUAAGAAACAAAAUAUGUAAAUCUGUGGGGGUUUCUGAUCUGAAGUAAAUUUGUACAACUUUUUUAAAGCUACAACUAGAAUAACUUUUUGUUUCAUUGUUUCGCUGGAACAAGCUUCAUCACUAACAAAUAAUAAAAUACUUAGCUAAUCAUGCACAGAAUCAGCUCCAAAUUCAACUAUAGUUAGAGGAACUUGUUUUAUUGAGUGACUAUAAAUGUAUAUUAAAUAAUUUAGGUAAUGAAACAUCUGAAUUGUCACUGUUUAGAUCUACUUGGUUAAACAGAUAAAGAAGUACUUCAACAUUUCUUUUUAUUUUUUCUUAUUUUGGUGAAGUUUAAUUUAUUUUGUGCUCUUAAGCAAGUGUCCCCUUUUAUUGGUUAAAUAAAGAACAACAUUUUCUGAACACAGAUUAGUUUCUUGUUCAUGUUCCAUAAACUGCUUGAUAAGACUGCUGGAUUCAUCUAAAUAUAGUUGUGCUCAUAAAUGUACAUAUACAGGCAGAGUUUCAGGUUUUUGGGGUAUUUUUCACAGAAUAUGAAUAAGAAAGCAAGUUUCCUGCCACUGGUC